CCUUCGUCCCCCCCCUACCCGAUCAACGCCCGCCCGAACCCCGCCGCUCGCGGAGCCGACCUCUGGCCCGGGAGCCCCUCGGCCCAGAGAGGGCCGCGAGCCGGCCCAAGGCAGCUGAACUCGGCGCCGUGCGCGGCCCGAGGCGCGGGAGCCGUCGCGCUCUCGCGCCCUGGCCUGGUCCGCGAGGAGGAGGAGGAGGAGGAGGAGGAGGAGGAGGAGGAGGAGGAGCAGCAGGAGGAGGAGGCGGAGCGCUCUGGCCUGGUCCGCGAAGCUUCAGGAGCGCGGCCGGCCCUCGCCCAGGCCGAAGGACGCGACUGCCCUUAG